UACAAUGGUUAUACUACUCUACUCACCGUCACUUCUUUCUCACUAUCUAGAAAUCUCCAUUCUCUCACUAUAAAAAGUUUCUAUCUUUUCCUGUUUCUCUGUCUUAUCUUCGGAACUUCUUCCUCUCAAGAACUCUUUCAGCACUCAUAAUUUCUUUAGGAUCUUGAAAUAAUCAUGGCUGUUUUUGUGUUAUUUUUAGUAUUUCUCUUCUCCAUCACUGGCCAUUCAGAUGCUGCUUAUUGUAUUUGCAAUGAUGGACUGAGUACAGAUGUUUAUCAGAAGAACAUAGAUUAUGCCUGUGGAGCUGGUGCAGAUUGUACUCCAAUAACGCAAAAUGGCCCUUGUUAUAACCCAAAUACUGUCAAAGAUCACUGCAACUAUGCAGUGAAUAGCUAUUACCAGAGGAAGGGACAAACCGCUAUGAGCUGUAAUUUUGCAAACACUGCAACUGUAUCUCAAUCUCCCCCUUCUUCGUCAACUUCUGGAUGUGUGUAUCCAUCUAGUCCCAGGUGCGUUGUUUUACCUGAAGGAUUUUAUUCCUAGAUCUUCCAAUUUAUGAAGAUGAUUACUGUUUUUAGGAAUUGAAUUCAAUGUUGUGGAUGAUUGUGUUUCUUGAAUUUGGCAAAAAAAAGGAGAUACCGUGUUAUUUUAAUCAAUCUUAAUUAAGAUUCCACCUUUUUUACCUAAAAGUUGAAUUGCUAUUACUUUUACUGAGAUGGUUUGUGAGAAUUUGUUAU